AUGAGCCGCCGUGCCCGCGACCCCGGGAUGUCGCCGCCGCUGCCCGUGGCCCCGGAGCGGCUGGCGGCGGCGGCGGCAGCGCGGGGAGCGGAGCGGGAGGAGCUGGCGGCGCUGAACGAUCGUUUCGCCGCUUUCCUGGAGCGGGUGCGGGCGCUGGAACGGCAGAACGGGACCCUCCGAGCCGCGCUGGGCCGCGCCACCGCCGCCGGCGGGCCCCGCACCGGGCUGGUGCAGGGGGAGCUGCGGGGGCUGCGGGAGCGGCUGCAGCGCCUCGGCCGCGAUCGGGACCGGCUCCAGGCCGAGCGGGACGGGCUCGCCACCGACCUGGCGGCGCUGAGGCAGCGGCUGGAGGACGAGACGCAGAAGCGUGAGGAUGCCGAGAAGAGCCUGGUGCUGUUCCGCAAGGACGUGGACCACGCCACGCUGUCCCGCCUGGAGCUGGAGCGCAAGGUGGAGCUGCUGAUGGACGAGAUCGGCUUCCUCAAGAAGCUGCACGAGGAGGAGCUGCGGGACCUGGAGGUGAGCGGCCCGAGCCCGGCGGCGCUGCCCGAGGCGGAGAUGUGCAAACCGGAGCUGACGGCGGCGCUGCGGGAGAUCCGCACCCAGUACGAGAGCAUCGCGGUCAAAAACCUGCAGGAAGCCGAGGAAUGGUACAAAUCAAAGUUUGCCGAUCUGUCGGACGCAGCAAACCGCAACCACGAGGCGCUGCGUUUGGCCAAGCAGGAGAUGAACGAGUCCCGGCGGCAGAUCCAGAGCCUGACCUGCGAGGUGGACGGGCUGAAGGGCGUGAACGAGGCGCUGCAGCGGCAGAUGCGGGAGAUGGAGGAUGAGUUCGGCGAGGAGAUCGGGAACUACCAGGACGUGGUGGGGAGGCUGGAGCAGGAGAUCCAGCAGAUGAAGGAGGAGAUGGCACGGCACCUGCGCGAGUACCAGGACCUGCUGAACGUCAAGAUGGCCCUGGACAUCGAGAUUGCCACCUACAGAAAGCUGCUGGAGGGCGAGGAGAGCCGGAUCACCGUCCCACCGCACCCCACCACCUCCUUCGGCAUGAGGAGCUCAGUGCUGGAGCCGCCGCCUGCGGAGAGCCCGGCCCGGAGGAUGGUGCUCAUCAAAACCAUCGAGACCCGGGAUGGGCAGCAAGUGGUGACGGAGUCGCACCAGGAGCGAGCGGGGAAGUGACAGAGGAGCGGCUGCCAUGG